AUGAUGGAAGCUCCAUUGGUGAUUGGAAAAUACAAAGAUGUUCUGCCGCCCAGUCAUGUCGAAAGAAAAUUGACAAAAGUUUUAAUAGAUGUAAAAUUUUUGGAAAAUAUUAGUGAAAAUACAAUUGCUUUAGUUGAUUGCGUAACAGAUGUGAAAUCUUUCAAACAAUUUUCACCAAAUUUAAUAGUCAGCAAAGUGAAAGAUACUGAGAUCAUUCAGACAACAACUCAUCUACAGAAGAUCUGUGCUUGUGGAAAGGCAGUUUCACAGGAAAAUUUUUCUUCAUUGUGUAAAAAAAAUCUAGAAAUUCAGUUCCAUCACUUCAGAUAUUUAGACAAUCAUCGUUUGGAAUGGAUGGAAAGUGGGAAUUAUGGCCUAGAACGAAAAUGUAUCAACGAACUUCAGAAGUUUCGUCUACAAAGUGAAUUUAUGGAGUACACUAUAGGCGAGGGCCAGUACUUUAAUCAUUCUCGACAAAAUAUCAACAUAAUAUGCGCCGAUGCUGGAAUGGGAAAAAGCACAUUAGCGAAGAGUUUAAAAAAGAGUAGUAAGUCGACAAACUGGAUCAUUUUAAUCUACACCAGAGACCACGCCUUACACUUCAAGAAGCAUGGAUCCAGCGUGAAGAAUUUUUUAAAAUACAUCUUGGAAAAUACUUUACUGGAAUGCUGGAACCAAUUCCACCACAGGGUGUUCCAAAAAAUGAUGGAAAAUAACCAAAUACAACUAAUAUGGGACGGACUCGAUGAAGCAUCUGAUGACACUCAAAUUUCCAUUUUAACUUUAGUAAAUGCGUUUUCGGAAAAAGGAGUAAAGCAAUGGUUGACUUCUCGAAUCAAUUUGAGGGAUAUGUUGGAAAACAUGUUAGAAUUACUGGCAACGAAUGGGGCGAAUUUUAAUAUUCCGGACAAAGAUGGUCAGUUACCGAUCCACUAUGCGUGCAGGAAUUACCGGAAGGGAUAUGAAAUAAUUUUAUUUUUGCUAGAAAACGGUGUGAAAGUGGAUGUUCUGGAUGGAGAUGGACGGCUUCCGAUACAUUACGCAUUUCAAAAAUUUGAUACAGAUACUAUAAUAUUACUGGUACAACAUGGUACCAGAGUGGAUGUUCCGGAUGGAGAUGGACGGCUGCCGAUACAUUAUGCUUGUCAACACGGAAGUUUAAAAUUGAUUGAAUUAUUGGCAGUGAAAGGAGCCAAAUUUGAUGUUCCGGACAGAGGUGGUCAGCUACCGAUACACUAUGCAUGCAGAAAUUUCUCGGAGGGAUAUGAAAUAAUUUUAUUUUUGUGUAAAAAAGGUGUGAAAGUGGAUGUUCCGGAUGGAGAUGGACGACUACCGAUACAUUAUGCUUGUGAACAAGGAAGGCUAAAAAUGGUAAACUUACUAGAAGCGAAUGGAGCGAAAUUUGAUGUUCCGGACAGAGGUGGUCAGCCACUAAUGCACUUUGCGUGCAGAAAUUUCUGGGAGGGAUAUGAAAUAAUUUUAUUUUUGUGUAAAGAAGAUAUAAAAUUAGAUGUUUCGGAUGGAGAUGGACGAUUACCGACACAUUAUGCAUGUGAACACGGAAGCUUAACCAUGGUAGAAUUACUGGCAACGAAUGGAGCGAAAUUUGAUGUUCCAGACAGUGGUGGUCAGCUACCGAUGCACUUUGCGUGCAGAAAUUUCUCGGAGGGAUACGAAAUAAUUGUAUAUUUGUGUACAAAAGGUGUGAAAGUGGAUGUUCCGGAUGGAGAUGGACGACUGCCGAUUCAUUACGCUUGUGAACAAGGAAGGCUAAGCAUGGUACAAUUACUGGCAACGAAUGGAGCGAAAUUUGAUGUUCCGGACAGCGGUGGUCGACUACCGAUGCACUAUGCGUGUAGAAAUGACCAGUGUGGAUAUGAAAUCAUUUUAUUUUUGUGUAAAAAUGGUGAGAAAGUGGAUGUUCCGGAUGGGGAUGGACGAUUGCCGAUACAUUAUGCUUGUGAACACGGACGCUUAACCACGGUAGAAUUACUGGCAACGAAAGGAGCUAAAUUUGAUGUUCCGGACAGAGGUGGUCAGCUACCGAUCCACUGUGCGUGUAGAAAUAACCGGUGGGGAUAUGAAAUAACCCUAUAUUUGUGUAAAAAGGGUGUGAAAGCUGAUAUUCCGGAUGGAGAUGGACGAUUACAUUAUGCUUUUAAAAGACGAAGAUUAAACAUAAUCGAAUUACGGGCAACGAAUGAAACGAAAUUUGAUGUUGUGGGCAGAGGUGGUCAGCUACCGAUGCACUAUGCGAGCAGAAAUCUCCGGACGGGACAUCUAAAAACUUUAUUUUUGUAUAAAAAGUGUGUGGAAGUGAAUGUUCUGGAUCAAAAUGGACGAUUGCCAAUACAUUAUGCUUGUGAACAGGGAUGGUUGGAUAUGGUAGAAUUACUGGCAACGAAUGGAGGGAAAUUAGAUAUUCCGGACAGAGAUGGUCAGCUCCCUAUGCACUAUGCUUGCAGAAACCGUUCGGGGGGAUAUGAAAUAAUUUUAUUUUUGUGUAAAAAUGGUGGUAAACUGCCGAUAGACUACGCGUGUAAAAAUCGAAAUUUUGACAUUAGUAAACAUUUUCAUUUGAAUAUAGUUCAAACAAACGCUGAGGCCAUAAUACACCAGUUGCAAUAUUCAUGCCCUAUAAUCGAAACAGACAGCUGCGAAAUAUUGGGACCAAGCUGGUAA